AUGAAUACGGGAGAACGUGACGAGAAACCGUGCAACGCGAAUUACAGAAACGAUCUGCGCUUCAACGUUCGAUUGAACGUGUUGACACUGAGGCCGAUCGGAAGCUGGCCAAGGUCCUGCGACUACUCCUGGCUCGAAACGAUCGAGCACGCGUUUCUAAAUGUCCUCGGUUACGCUCUGCUCGCGUUCAUUCUCAUCCCUGGAUUCAUAUGCUUCGCCCACGAGAUCGCGGAUUUUUACGAUCAGAUGAAGCUAGGCAGCGCGCUCAGUUUCUUCUUGAUGGCGGUGAUGAAGUACUGCGUUUUCGUGGCCCGCGAGGCUGACAUACGCAGAUGCGUGGACUUGAUCGAGGACGACUGGAGGAAGGUGAAACACCACGAGGAUCGUAAGAUCAUGUUGGAGAACGCGAGCUUCAGUCGUCGAUUGAUCGCAAUCUGCGGCGCUUUCAUGUACGGAGGGGUGGUUUUCUAUUACAUCGCCCUGCCGCUCACUCGACCGAAGAUCGUGGAAGAGGGUGGCAACUUGACAUACACGGGGCUGGUUUACCCUUUUCCACGAAUACUCGCCGACGCGCGUCGCAGCCCCGUCAAUGAAAUUUUAUACACGGUUCAGUUGCUGUCUGGAUUUAUCGCUCACAAUAUCACGGUCGCCGCUUGCGGCCUGGCUGCCCUUCUCGCGAUGCACGCAUGCGGCCAGUUACAGGUUUUAAUGGCUUGGCUGGAGAAACUGGUGGAUGGGCGGGAAAACGAUGUCGAGAACCUGGAUCAGAGGUUGGCCAACAUUGUGGAGCAACACGUUCGGAUAAUCAAUUUCAUAUCUCUCACGGAGGAUCUCCUGCACGAGAUAUCGUUGGUCGAAAUCGUAGGAUGCACUAUAAAUAUGUGUUUCCUUGGGUACUAUUCCAUGAUGGAAUGGGACUCUAAGCAUCCAGUUAGAAGUUUUACGUACAUAAUAUUGCUCACGUCAGUCACGUUCAACAUUUUCAUAUUCUGUUAUAUCGGCGAGCUUUUAGCAGAGCAGACAGUAAAAGUCGGCCAAAAGUCUUACAUGAUCGAUUGGCAUCGAAUACCCUGGAAGAAGAGCCUCGUCGUUCCUUUGAUGAUUUCGAUGUCUCGUUCAACUACCAAGAUCACUGCUGGCAAUAUUAUCGAACUUUCCAUCAGUAGUUUCGGCAAUGUAAGUGUUCCCACGAACGUCUGCAACAUUUAGCCUCGCUGUAAUCAUCGAUUCCACUUGUAAAUUUUCAUGAAACAUUGUAGGUCAUCAAGACGUCGUUUGCAUACUUGAACAUAUUGCGAACACUCACGAUGUAAGGGUUUUCUUUCAGAAUGACUUCGAACGAUUGAGCGAUAUCGCGAUUUUCGUUAUGGGACGUUAGAAGGAGUAUAGAGACAUAAAUAUAUCACAUGCAGAUGUAUCUGCCUUUUAUGUGAGAACACGUUUUGUUGUUAACAAUACCAUUCGAUCUGUCAUUUUCUAACCUAUUAUCGAUAUUUUCUUUUUCCUUCUUUUAAUUUAACGGAGAAAGUUUUACAUUGCAACGUGAGAACGUCAGUUUGUUAAAAGUCUUUUCGAAAAAGACAGAGACAAUCUUUGAAGAGAAGCAUCAGAGCUGGUGAAUAUAUCUGAUAGUACUGUUGGAUCGACAUGAUAUCGCCUCUCGAUCAAAUUUACAUAAUAUCAAAAAUUAAUCGUUACAUUAUAGUUUAUCAAUACUGGCUAUUAUAUCACUCGAUUGGUAAGAUUUGAUUACUGAUAAGAUGCGUGCAGUUACUCUGAAAUUUCGCCGUACUAUCGUGAAACUCACAAACGUCGAAAGACAAAAAUAGUGUUUUAUAAUAAAAGCUUCUAUCAGUAUGUAUUUUAUCAGUCAUGUAUUCUAUUCUUCUCAACUCUACACAUUUACACGCUGUGUUUGAACAAAGUAAGUCGCUUAAACACUAAAAAAUCAUUAUAGAAGGCGGGAAUAUUUCUUGACCCUAUAAAUUCAUAUAAACUCUAUACACGUUCCACGUUCAUAUCCCGCUAUAGUACACUUUACUCACCCCAUGAAACACGGUAAUCAUACAUUCCCGCUCUUGUUCUUUGAAUCUCUCGUCCGACUUUGGAAAAAUUCACUUCGAAAGUUAUAAUUAUGAUCAACUGCGUAGGGGCGAUCACAAUUAAAAAUACAUCAAACAAAGACCGAGAAAAAGGCGGUAGAAUCCCCUUUCCAUUUUUUCCUCCUCUCGUUUCGAAUUCAACAGCGCAAGCGCGCAACAAUCAUCAAACGACCGGUGGUCAAUGA